AUGAAGAGUAGCUCCGAAAAUCAAAGACAAAUUCUGCGUCGGUCAGUCUACCAUGCCCAAAAGAAGAGAGAAAGGAUAAAAAGGGGAGAGCAACGUGCAGCUUCCAACGACACCAGUAACGAUCCUACCGGCAUUGCAUCGAAUGAGAAUGCAGAGGUAUUCGAGGCGUUGACUCAAAUCAUGGUGGAAGUCAUAGCUCUUACUUGCCGCGUAGGAAAACUGCGAAGCAACUUUCUCGUUCAUUUGCAGGAGCGGGAGGCACAUGGGACCGUAGCCACGACACCUGCCGCACGCCGUGCGAUCGAGAUAGAGUGGCGGUAUACCACCGAUCCUUAUCUGCCACCUCAGGCGGCACCAGAUUUUCGUCCGUGGGAGGAUCCUAACAAGCAAGUCUGGAACUACAGUUUUAAAGAUAACACCGGUAAGGUGAUAACCGGCAGGGGCACACUGAAGCAAAUGGAAAUGCAUAAGGCCUCACGAUGCCGGCAAGCGGAAGGAACGCAGGUCGCGUAG